CCAGCGACUCGCAUGCCACAUGGAAUUGUCCAUGCCAAAUCACGACCGUCUUGCUCAGCCGCUGAACAUGCAAUUCUCGUGUUAGGAGAUUUUCGAAUCAGAAGAGGCAUGGCCUCGCGCUUAGUCUUGGUCAUCGGUGACCUCUUCAUCCCAGAUCGAGCACCAGAAAUCCCUGCAAAGUUCCGAAAGCUCCUUACUCCAGGAAAGAUUGGCCAGGUAGUCUGCCUAGGCAACCUGACAGACAAAGAGACAUAUGAUUUCCUACGCCAGAUAGCACCAGACUUGCACAUUGUCAAGGGUGACUACGACACUGAGGCCUCCACUCUGGCCCUAUCAAAAGUCGUCCAACAUGGCAGCCUUCGGAUAGGGUUCACACAUGGACAUACUAUUAUUCCGCAUGGGGACGCGGAUGCUCUCUUGAUUGCCGCACGGCAGAUGGAUGUGGAUGUCUUGCUGUGGGGUGGAACGCACAAAUUCGAAGCAUAUGAAUUGGAAGGGAAGUUCUUUAUAAACCCAGGCAGCGCAACCGGCGCAUUCAGCACAAGCUGGCAGGCAAUUGACGAGGAACCGACGCCCAGCUUCUGCUUGAUGGACAUCCAAGGCGAUGUACUUGUGCUGUAUGUUUAUCAAUUACGGACCGAUGCGAAUGGGAACGAGAACGUCGCGGUGGAAAAGGUGUCUUUCAGAAAACCGGCAUCGACAGAAGCGUGAGAGCACCAUUAGCAACACCAGCAGGUAUUGGUACUGUGGACGUUGGGAAUGCUCCUAAGUCGACGCAUGCUUUCCAGAGUCGGGCUGGGGGCGAGAAGUUGAAUGCUGGCGGCCAUGUGCGGUCAGCCUCGCAACAUUUGCAUAGGUGGAUGUUUCGUGCAUCAAGCACGUCGACGCAAUCCACUAGCAUCUGUCACGGAGAUCGUAUUGGCAUUGCUACCUAUAGCAAGGAUGUUGAGUAGUGACAUCGUUGGGCCUGGAAGAUGUUUUGGGACGUUGGUCACAAGCAAACCGAACAAGCAUUGUGCCCCUUGCUAGACGACGCCAUCGAGAUGGUGGCUGGAAAUUGGUACAAAUGAAUAGGUCAUUAUCCGAGUGCUUGACAUCAACUACCGGAUACAGUUUACAUAAUAACAUGCCUCAUAAGUCGCC